AUGGCCCGUCGUCCCGCUCGUUGCUACCGGUACUGCAAGAACAAGCCGUACCCCAAGUCGCGCUUCAACCGCGGUGUCCCCGACCCCAAGAUUCGCAUCUUCGAUCUUGGCCGCAAGAAGGCGACUGUCGAUGACUUCCCUCUCUGCAUCCACAUGGUCUCCAACGAGUACGAGCAGCUGAGUUCCGAGGCUCUCGAGGCCGCUCGCAUUUGCGCCAACAAGUACUUCGUCAAGACCGCCGGAAAGGAGUCCUUCCACCUUCGCGUCCGCGCCCACCCCUUCCACGUCGUCCGUAUCAACAAGAUGUUGUCUUGCGCCGGUGCCGAUAGACUUCAGACUGGUAUGCGUGGUGCCUGGGGUAAGCCCAACGGCACUGUCGCCCGUGUCAACAUUGGCCAGAUCAUCAUGUCCAUCCGUACUCGUGACUCCAACAAGGCUGUUGCCCUCGAGGCCCUUCGCCGCUCCCAGUACAAGUUCCCUGGUCGCCAGAAAAUCAUUAUCUCCAAGAACUGGGGCUUCACCCCCCUUCGCCGCGAGGAGUACCUCGAGAAGAAGGCUGCUGGCCGCGUCAAGGUCGAUGGUGCCUACGUUCAGUUCCUUGCCAACCACGGCUCCCUCGAGCAGAACAUGAAGCGCUUCCCCGAUGCUUUCGCCUCCGAGGCUUAA